AUCGGCCACAACUCUUGAUCCAGCCGUCGACAUCGUGAGGUAAUUCCAUCUCCAUUUGCGCCGCGCACCUCGCUUCGCCGCCGCCACGCACCUCCUCCAUCCGCCGUACGGCGCGGCGCAGCUGGCUUUGCUCCGCCACCUCGCUCCCGGUCUCUUCGCUUCCUCGCUGCCUGUCAUCACCACCUCUUCUCUCUCGUUUCCCUCUUCCAACAAGUGAACCAUCAACCUCACACGGAAGAGAAAUAGAGAUGGUGCUGCGACGGGCGGCCGUAGAAUCCCCGAAGAAGGUGGCGGCUCUGGUCGACCUGGUGAAUCUGCCGACGGCGCUGCGUGAGUUCGCAGGGGGCCGGUCCCAGAUGUCCCACCUCUCCUUCUUCCUCGGCGUCUGGUCACACAUCAAGAACAACAACCUCCAGGGCCCAACAAAUAGGAAUAUUGUAAACUGUGGCAAGAAGCUGAAAACUGUAAACUGUUUCAUUGACUGGACAUCUAACAUAAAGAACCAGGCAUUGUUCUUUUUCCACAUAGCUGGAUGUGGUGAUACAAUUGACAUUCUUGAAGGAGAUCUUCUGUCAUGCUGUAGUAUGUGUUGAAUCACAGUUAGGUAACUACUAUGUUGAAUUUUGGUGAAUGAUAGUGAGAAAUUGCAUGAAGUCGUUAGCUCUGUUCUUACAGUUCUUAAGAAAAAGUAUUUUUAAAAUAAUAUAUUUGUUUGUGUAAUUAGGUUCCCCUAACAUGUCUUGUAGUAUUGAUAAAAGUUGGUUACUACAAUCUGUUCACACGAAAUUAUCCUGACUUGCAGGAUACCGACAAAUGGGAACAUUUUAAAUUGUGACAAGAAGCUGAAAACUGAAAACUGUUUUGUUGAUUGGGACAUCUAACAUAAAGAACCAGACAUCGUAUCUUUUUUCCACAUAGUUAGACAUUGUGGAUGUGCUGAUGCAGUUGGGUGGCACCAUACUAUCAUCACUUUGAUUUAAUGUAGUGCAGAAAGUAGUUGUGGCUCCAUCUUCCUUUUGAAUACUGAAAUGAUCUUGAGUAGGACUCUUGACAUUUUGUCUGUAUGUCUAAAUGUGCCACCGCUGAACAUUCUUGAAGGAGAUCUUCUGUCGUGCUGUAGUAUGUGUUUAAUCACAAUUAGGUAACUAAUAGGUUGAAUCUUGGUUAAUGAUAGUGAGAAAUUGCAUGGAGUGGUUUGCUAUGUUCUUACAAUUCUUCAUAAAGAGUAAAAUAAAAGUUGUUUAAAAUAUACUGUUUUACGUUCCUCUCACAUGUCUCAUAGUACUGAUAGAUGUUGUUCGUACAAUUACUGCAAUUUGUUCACACGAAAUUAUCCUGAUUUGCAGGACCCGACAAAUAGGAAUAUUGUAAACUGUGACGAGAAGCUGAAAACUGUACUAUUGGGCAGGUCCAAGGUGGAG